AUGCAGCUCACCUCCCUCCUCACCACACUCCUCGCCACCACGGCCCUCGCAGCUCCCGCCCCCGAGCUCGAGACGCGCGACUUCAACCUCAUGGUCGCCGGCUCGACCUGGACGAUCCAGAACUUCAAGCGCGUCUGCACCGCCAACGCCAAGAAAUGCUCCUUCACCUACGCCAUCGACACCAACGACGGCAAACCCGUGACCAAGUGCAGUUACCAGGCUACGGGCAGCCCGGCGGCGCAUGCGAGUUAUAGUAAUGUUAAGUGUGGUGCUUUUACCGUUGGAUCUACCUGGUCCAACCAGUUUGGCAACGACAAGGCUUUCACUACUCUCUCGGUGGUGAAGAAUGGCCAGAUUAUCUACCCGGCCUACACCGACAAGCAGCUGGCUGGCAACAAGGUCGUCAAGCCGGACCAGAGCUACACGCCGCAGAACCUGCCAUCAUAG